AUGGACACCUUCAAUCUACCGGAGGUACCCCGGUCAGAACCUGUUCUUCCUCCUCCAGAGCCACCCUCAUCCCCACCGUCUAUUGCUUCCGAUGGUCGCAGGCCUAGAAAGCCACCAACUGUAACGCCCCGGUCAUUCCGUCGAUUCUUUACCCCGCGUUCUUUAUUACCAACUGGGGAUACUUCUAUCACACCAUCAACCAGUCGUCAGGCCUUACGGGCACUAACAUCGCCCGCGGUGAAUCGUCUGGGGCCGGCCUUUUCGAGAACAUCCAAGGCUGGCAGCACCAGAAGUCCUCACGAUGGCUUGCCGGAAGACUUCAUUCGUACCCCGAGCAGGAAAAGAAAGAACUCAUUCUCCUCAGUUGUCUCUCCGCAGUCCUCGCCUCUGAAGAGAGUCCGUGUCCGAUCUCCGACGCAGGAUGUGGAACAAGAUAUCAAAAUUCCUAAUAUCGACAUCCAUCUUGAUGCAUUAGCACCACCGACGAAACCCCCGGUGGCCCCUGUGCGCCGCUCCAAGGCAUUACAAUCAUCUGGUGCUUUGUUUAUGCGAACUGUAACGGGGGCUCAGGCAAAUAAAAUAACAUUGCGAUCCAACUCUGGCGUUGGCUGGCAAGAUCUUACUUCCAACUUCUAUUCGCAACCGAGUGACCAUCACAUCUGCCAUAGCUACGCAUCGGAGGGUCCAUUGGCCCUCCCAUUCUGUAAUGCUUCAUGUAACACAAAUUCUCUUGUUGCGGUGGGCGACGAAGAGGGUGGAAUUCGACUCUUGGAUUCAUCGAUUGACGAAGAUGCUGGGUUCACUAACGCAUAUCUUGGGUUCCGUCCGCACAUGAACUCGAUCAUGGACCUCGAGUUCUCAUCGGACGACAUGCUACUAGCCACCGCAUCUGGCGACCAAACGUCUCUUAUUAUUGACAUGACAACACAACGACCCAUCCACUGCUUAUCGAAUCACUCCUCCUCCGUUAAGCGUGUCCAAUUCCAACCGGCGUCCAACAAUAAGGUUCUUGCUACGUGCAGUCGGGAUGGAAAUGUCAAUAUUUGGGAUCUCCGCUGCAAAGGGUUUGAACGGCCUGCGCUUCAAGUUCAAUGCUCCCUGGAAUCCGAAUCCGAAAACGCCGCGACCACUGCACCUCCAAAGAUGCUAUACCCACACGUUCUGAAUACUAUUGAAGGUGCUCAUGCAUAUACAACCUCUCAUAAACCGGCUGUGGACAAAAAUGAUGCGCCACCAUUUGGCCGAACCGACAUCACUGUUACUUCCCUCGCUUUUCUCUCGCCUGGCCGCGAAAAUCUUUUUGUUACGGCUUCUGAGGCUAGCGCAAGUGUCAGACUUUGGGACUUGCGAACAGCACAUAACAAUCGUCGUGGCCGACCCGUCAUCCCUCUAUCUACGACACAAGAGCCAGAAAGCCAUUUGAAGUAUCGACGCUUUGGCCUGACUUCCAUGGCGUUCGGAGGAGAUGGUUCACGCUUGUACACACUUUGCCGAGACAACACCGUUUACACGUACUCGACAUCACACUUAAUUCUCGGGCAUGCUCCUGAACUUUCACUCAACAACAACCGUCCACGAAGGACUGGAGGCUCCGACAAGGACGGUCUUGGGCCUCUCUAUGGUUUCCGCCACCCUCGUCUUCAAAUUUCCUCAUUCUAUGUGAAACUGGCUGUACGCAAAGCAACCCAGGAUCAUCCGGAGAUGCUAGCUACUGGGAGCAGCGACCACUGCCCCAUUCUUUUCCCUACCGAUGAACGAUACCUCAAUUCUCCCGUGAAAGCACCAGCCGAAUCUCUGCCUAGCAGGACUUCCCUUUUCACUGCCCGUCCAGGACUUCGUCGCACCAACUCUGGAAUUGGCUUGACCGGCCGUCUCGAAGAUACUAUCCCAAUCCACCAAUCAGGCACCCCUCUCAUCGAAGGCCAUCAGAAAGAGGUCACUGGCCUGUCCUGGACGCCAUCUGGUGACCUCAUUACUGUGAGCGACGACUACUCCGCUCGAUGCUGGCGUGAGGGACCCGAGGCUCGCGAGCUCCGAAACGGUGGUGAAACUGAGGGUAAACGCUGGAUGUGUGGCUGGGCUGAUAUGAAAGACUCAAUUGACGACGAAGAUGAAUGA